AAAUCGAGUCGAGUCCCACAACUAUAAACAUAUUUCACUAAAAGCAAUAUAACUAUUGCUAAACAUGCUAAAAGCAUUUAAAAUCUGAAACUGAUUUCCCAAAUGAAUGAAUAAUAAAUAUUACAAAGUAAAAUAUAACACGAAUCAAAUAAGAAUAUAUUCAAAAUGAAUAAGGACAACUCCAGCAUGGAAAUGGAUCCUGAUUUGGCGCUGCGACUGCUUUCCGAAGGCGCCGUUUUGGUCAUAGCUGGCGUUCCCGUUGGCACCGAGUUCGGCGUGGACUUGUGCUCGUACACCAUCGGUCCAGAGUUCCGAGGCGUCAAAAUGAUUCCACCUGGCGUGCACUACAUCUGGUGCGCUUCCCGCGGACCUUAUGGCGACACUGCACCGCGUGUUGGCUUCGUCCACUACUUUCAUCCCAACGAAAUUCUGGUACGCGAGUGGGACAGUGAACUGGAGGAGCUGCGUCCACGUCAGACUGCCGAGCCAGAGGUGGAGCGUGAACGUAUACGUAGAAAUCUAGCGCAGUUGGAACGCGUCCUCGCUCCUUAUGACUAUCGAUAUGUCUGCCAGUGGAAGGAUCUGACAGGCAGUGUAAGUGAGCCAUGUGUAGACCGUUGUCGCCCAGAGCUCGGAACCAUACGCACAAACAUUGAGCUGCAAUCCUGCACGGAUGCAGAUAGACCCCGGGGGAAUGCCGGUAAUAUGAGCAAACGCCAUACAGCUGCCAAACUGCUGCUGGACGAGACUGACAUGCUUCCCAAUCUGAAGCCUGUGGCGGGCACAGCGCCACGCUUCUGUGUUGUGCCUGCGCGUGUGCCACAGGAUGCACUACCAGCGGAUAUAUCCCGUCAUGCCAUUGACUGCAUUGCGGCUGUUAAUAAGCUAUUUGAAAGCUUCGGGAAUAGCCCUGAUGGGCUCAUUGAGGAGCUGCAGCUGGCAUUUGUCUUCUUUUUGGUUGGCUACUCUGUGGAAUCGUUGGACCACUGGCGUAAGUUGCUUGCUUUGUUGGCACACUCGGAAACAGCUGUCAGCAAACACAAACUGGCCUACAUGAAGUACAGUGAAGUGCUGGCCCACCAGCUGCCACAUCUACCGGAGGAGCUAAUAACCCCCAGCCCAUAUAACACAGUCUACAAGGAUGUGCGUGAGCUGCUGGUGAAUCUAUACGCCGGUGGACUUAUGGUGAGCGCGGAACGUCUGAUCAAGCGACUGGGAAAACAGCUCAACUGGCAUUUUGAAGGUCUCCUCGACGAGGAUCCAGAGGACCAGCCGGUGAUAAUUGAGUCAUAGUUAGCUGUUUCAGCGUAGUGAAUGCUGAGUACGCAAAUAGUUCCACAGAUCCCGAGCCGUGCGUAUACUGACCAUAAACUGACACAGCUUCGUCUCAAUCAGGCAGAGGAUGAUGAAUUUGGCGCGCUUAUCCUUGAGCAGGGACUGCAAAAGGUCAACAAUGGCAAUGAAUGUAAACACUCAAUUAAUUCCGAGUACCGGGUACCUCUUCAUUAUUCUCUGGUCCACUCUCGACCACACUCCACAGAUCUUCGGACUCCAGAUACGCACGCACCGUCAUCGACCAGGCCUUGUAAUUGUCCAGACCUUUGAGCUUCUCAAUUUGCAAUUGCAGCGCCAUGUCUUCCAAUUCCAAUUGAUGUCGUCUCCAGCUCAGCGACGUUUUACAAAUAAAUCGUUAGGCCUUUCGGCUCGACCACUUUGUGCUGCAUUUAUUCUUUGCCAAUUUGUGUAGAUUUUCAAAUAUAGAUAUGUAAGCAUA